UUGUGUGGGUCUGCGUCCCGUGGUGCCUCAGUUGCACAGUACCCCUUUGAAGACCACAACCCUCCUCAGCUGGAGCUGAUUAAGCCGUUUUGUGAAGACCUGGACCAGUGGCUCAGCGAGGACGACAAUCACGUGGCGGCCAUCCACUGUAAGGCCGGGAAGGGCCGCACCGGAGUCAUGAUAUGCGCUUAUCUCCUGCAUCGCGGCAAAUUCCUGGAGGCCCAAGAAGCACUGGACUUCUACGGCGAAGUCAGGACAAGGGACAAAAAGGGAGUAACGAUCCCCAGCCAGCGCCGCUACGUCUACUACUACAGCUACCUACUGAAGAACCAGCUCGAGUACAAGCCCGUGGCGCUGCUCUUCCACAAAAUGGUGUUUGAGACUCUCCCCAUGUUCAGCGGGGGCACCUGCAGUGAGUCACGCUCGUGUUCGAAUCCCGCUCCAAACCGGGGCGUAGGCAUGCACGCCGCUCAGACGGUGGGGCGCUUUGGCUGCGCUGUAGGGCUCACCCACGCCGCUCCCCCAGGGCCAAACCCAGCCGACCCUACCGUUAAAAACAGGAGCGAGCCGACCCCACAGGGCUUCAAGAAAGGGAAUUGGCAUUGGGAUCCCCAGUUUGUGGUCUACCAGCUGAAAGUCAAGAUUCACACGUCGAACCCCGCCCACACGCGGCGUGAGGACAAGCACAUGUUUUUCGAGUUCCCGCAGCCGCUGCCCGUUUGUGGAGACAUCAAAGUGGAGUUCUUCCAUAAACAGAAUAAGAUGAUGAAGAAGGACAAAAUGUUUCACUUCUGGGUGAACACCUUUUUCAUACCCGGACCAGAGGAAAGCGCGGAAACGAUAGAGAACGGGGCGGUGAACAACGUGGAGAGCCAGCAGGAGAGGCCGGCGCCGGCCAAGGGCCAGCCGGGAGAAGUGGAGCCAGGUAAGGGCCAGCCUCCGGUCCAGCUGCAGAGCCAGCUGCCCAGCCAGCCGGCCAGGCAGCCGGCCAGACCCGAGUGCAGGGACAGCGACAGGGACUACCUGGUGCUGACGCUCACCAAGAACGACCUGGACAAGGCCAAUAAAGACAAAGCAAACCGCUACUUCUCGCCAAACUUCAAGGUGAAGUUAUAUUUUACGAAAACGGUGGAGGAGCCUCCGAACUCUGAGGCCAGCACUUCGACAUCCGUCACCCCGGACGUUAGCGACAAUGAGCCAGACCAUUACCGAUACUCUGACACCACUGACUCUGAUCCAGAAAACGAACCUUUUGAUGAAGAGCAGCACACGCAAAUCACAAAAGUGUGA